UUUGCCCUCGUUGUUCUUUUAACAAAUUUAGCCUUAUCGAUGUUUUGAACAAUUUUGGCCUGAUCGAUCUUUUAGUCAAUUUUUGUCGUGCCGGCCUUUUGACUGAUUUUGCCCUUGCCGGUCUAUUAUCAUAUUCUGGUCGUGACGACAUUUUGACUCAUGUGGCUUUGUCGAUCUUUUGUCAAAGUUUUUUUUUCGACGCUCUCCCCAAAAUAAAUACACGUUUACUCAUUUUUCGAAUUUUUCUUACAUUUUUAAUGAAAUUUUGUUUAUUUAAGGUUCUAAAACAAUAAAUAUAUUCGAUUUUAUUAAAAAAAUGCGACGAGACAAGAAAGACGAUGAAGCUGGAGCCGGCAAUCCUUACGAUCAUUUAGACAAAGCAACUGUUGUACAAGAAACUCGAGCAUUUAACGAAACUCCAAUAAAUGCAAGAAAAUGUCGCCCAAUUUUGUGUAAAUUACUCUAUUUAAUUCAACAUGGAGAGACUAUUGGGAAGACUGAGGCUACCGAUACUUUUUUUGCUAUAACUAAAUUGUGGCAGGCAAAGGAUGUGACAUUGAGAAUGUUGGUGUAUUUGGCUAUUAAAGAAUUGUGUACAAUUUCUAGUGAUGUUAUUAUUGUUACGAGCAGUCUAACUAAAGACAUGACUGGCCGAGAAGAUGUUUAUCGCCCAUCAGCAAUUCGUGCCCUAUGCCGUAUUUUAACCGAUACAGGAAUGCUACAAGCAAUAGAACGUUAUAUGAAGCAAGCUAUAGUUGAUAAAGUUCCUUCAGUUUCUUCAGCGGCAUUAGUUUCUUCACUUCAUUUAAUGAAACGAAGUCCGGAUGUUGUUCGCCGUUGGGCAAAUGAAGUACAAGAAGCCGUUUCUUCUGACAACCAUAUGGUCCAAUUUCACGCUCUAAGUCUUCUCUACCAAAUUCGUUCAAGUGAUCGUCUUGCUAUCCUCAAAAUGGUUCAAAAAUUUAGCAAAUCUGGACUGCGCUCGCCGUUGGCUAUUUGUUAUUUAAUUCGAAUUGCGGCAAAAUUGGUGGAAGAAGAUGAUGGAAGUGACCGCAUUGCAUUCCAAUUUAUUGAAAGUUGUUUGCGAAAUAAACACGAAAUGGUGGUUUAUGAAGCUGCUUCAGCAAUUGUUAGGAUGCCUUCGAUUUCUAGGUUAGUUUUAAUUCGAUUUAAAGAUCGGAUGUUAACAGGGUGUGUUGGUAUAAUGGUUAGUGUGAUAGAUUCUUUAAGAAGUCGUGGGUAUUCGGUUCGGAUCCUUCUGCCUCCCAACAAUUUUUACUUCGUUAAAUUUUCUUUUUUAACCUUUCUUUAUAUUUUCUUUUUAAUUUCCAAUCAUUUAAAAAAAAUUUUCAGUGGAGAAUUAGCUUCAGCAAUAAGUGUUCUUCAAAUUUUUUUGUCUUCUCCAAAAUCUGCUCUUCGUUUUGCUGCUGUACGUACAUUAAAUCGAAUUUCCAUCAAUUACCCCCAAGCAGUAAUUUCGUGUAAUGUUGAUUUGGAACAACUUAUAACGGAUCAAAAUCGCUCUAUCGCAACGUUAGCAAUAACUACACUUUUAAAAACUGGUGCUGAAGCUUCUGUUGAACGUUUAAUGAAACAAAUUGGAACUUUUGUUAGUGAAAUAAGUGAUGAAUUUAAAAUUGUUGUAAUCGAAGCAAUUCGUUCUCUCUGUGUUCGCUAUCCACGUAAACAUGCAACUUUAAUGAAUUUUUUGGCUUCAAUGUUACGCGAUGAGGGCGGUUUUGAAUAUAAAAAAGCUAUUGUUGAUACAAUAAUUGCAAUUGUUGAAGAUAAUUCGAAUGCUAAAGAUUUGGGUUUAUCACAUUUGUGUGAAUUUAUUGAGGAUUGUGAACAUGCUGCUUUGGCAACAAAAGUUUUACAUUUAUUGGGAAGAGAAGGACCAACAACAAAUCAUCCAGCAAGAUAUAUUAGAUUUAUUUAUAAUCGUGUUAUUUUGGAGACUACACAGGUUCGUGCAGCGGCAGUUACAGCUUUAGCAAAAUUUGGUGCUGAAUGUCCAAAAUUACGUCCAAAUAUUAUAAUUUUAUUAAAACGUUGUUUAUUGGAUACUGAUGAUGAAGUUAGAGAUAGAGCUACUUUAUAUUUGUCUAUUUUAAAGAGUGAAGAUCAAACAGCUAUUGUCACAUAUAUUUUGGAUACACUCAAAGUUUCAAUUGCCGGUCUUCAACAUUCAUUAGAAAAAUAUGUCCAAAAUGAACAUUUUGAGGAACCUUUUGAUAUUAAACAAGUCCCACUGUCCUUGGAACCAUUAACUAAUAAUGCUAAAAAAGAGAAGAAAUCAACAAUGUUAAUAGAAGAACCAAUUAAAAAAGAAAGUAAAGCUUCGAGAAUGGAAAUAUUUGCAGCUCAAAUUUCGGCAAUUCCUCAAUUUGAAAAACUUGGCCCUCUUUUCAAAUCUUCACCAACAUUUGAAUUGACUGAAAGUGUUACUGAAUAUAACGUUUCUUGUGUUAAACAUGUUUUUAAUGAUUAUGUGCUUUUACAGUUUGAUUGUCGAAAUACAGUGAAUGAUCAACUUUUGGAGGAUGUUUAUGUUCAUUUAGAACCUCAAGAUGAACCAGAUGACGAGUCUGAUAAUUGGCAAAUUGAAUUAAAUUUACCAAUAAAAUCUUUGCCAGUUUCCAAAACUGAUGUAAAUUAUGUUUUGUUAAAAAUGCCAGAAGAUGGAAGAUUAACUGGGACAUUUAAUGCAACUUUAAAAUUUAAAGUUAGAGAUGUUGAUCCAGCAACUGGUGAACCUGAAUCUGAAGAAUUUUAUGCUGAUGUUUACGCGCUCGAAUCAAUUGAAGUAACCAUUGCCGAUUAUUUAUUACCAAUACUACCAAAAGGAUCAUUCUCUACUGCUUGGGAAGCAUUGACAGAUAAAUAUGAAGUUGAUGAAACUUAUGCUUUGUCUACAGUUAAUACUCUUGAAGAUGCAGUAAAGAAUUUAUUAAAAUGUAUUGGCCUUUUGCCUGUUGAACAUUCAGAACGCGUUCCUGAAGGAAAAUCGUCCCACACUUUGCUACUUUCUGGAAUAUUUAGAGGAGGAAUUAAUGUUUUGUGUCGUAUAAGAAUGGCUUUGGAUCCUUCUGACCAAACUGUGACAAUUAAUUUGGCUGUUAGAUCAACAGAUGAAACAGUCAGUUUGAUGAUUGGAAACAUUAUAGAAUAA